AUGAAGAACAGGACAGAAGUGACACAGUUCAUCCUCCUAGGACUAACCAAUGCCCCAGAAUUGCAGCUCCCACUGUUUAUAACUUUCACCCUCAUCUAUAUCAUCACUCUGAUUGGGAAUUUGGGGAUUAUCAUGUUGAUUCUGUUGAACUCUCAUCUCCACACUCCCGUGUACUUUUUCCUCAGUAACUUGUCUCUAGUAGAUUUGUGUUACUCUUCAGCUGUCACUCCCACAGUCAUGGCUGGUUUUAUUACAGUAGACAAGGUCAUCUCCUACAAUGCAUGUGCUGCUCAGAUGUUCUUUUUUGUAGCAUUCGCCACUGUAGAAAAUUACCUCUUAGCCUCAAUGGCCUAUGACCGCUACGCAGCAGUGUGCAAACCCCUACAUUAUUCCACCACCAUGACAACAGGUGUGUGUGCAUGCCUGACCACUGGCUCCUACAUCUGUGGUUUCCUGAAUGCCUCCAUCCACAUUGGAGACACAUUCAGUCUUUCUUUCUGUAUGUCCAAUGUGGUCCAUGACUUUUUCUGUGAUAUUCCAGCUGUCAUGGUUCUCUCUUGCUCUGAUAGGCAUGUGAGUGAGCUGGUUCUUGUUUAUGUAGUGAGCUUCAACAUCUUUUUUGCCCUCCUGGUUAUCUUGAUAUCCUAUGUAAUCAUAUUUAUCACCAUCCUAAAGAUGCACUCAGCUUCAGGAUAUCAGAAGGCUCUAUCCACCUGUGCCUCCCACUUCACUGCAGUCUCCAUCUUCUAUGGAACUAUUAUCUUCAUGUACUUACAGCCCAGCUCCAGUCAUUCUAUGGACACAGACAAAAUGGCAUCUGUAUUCUAUAGUAUGAUCAUCCCCAUGCUCAACCCUGUGGUCUAUAGUUUGAGGAACAAGGAGGUCAAGGUUGCAUUCAUGAAGGUUGUUUCAGAGGCAAAAUUGUCUUUAGGAUUGUGA